AUGGGGGGGUGAGGGGCGCCGCGCUUUUUGCCCCGGAAAGGAGUCGGAGGCGGCUCAGUUGCCCAGCCAUCGCCAUGAGGUCCGGUCACAGCCUCCUCCUCCUCCUCUCCUGGGCCGCCUUUGCCCUCUGGAGCCCCCAGCACUCCGUCUCCGGCCUCUUCGAGGGGGGCUGCAGCACCUUCCCCAACAAUUCCAAACAAUGCGGGGAGCCUAAACACCGUUUCUUCUACAACGUCACCUCCAAGAGCUGCGAGCCUUUCAUUUACUAUGGGUGCCCUGGGAAUCGCAACCGCUACUACACCAUCGAGGAAUGCCAGCGCUACUGCGGACAGAUUGAAAAGUCCGGCUUCUGCCCGCCAAGCCCUCGCGGCAUCAUGGUCCCAUGCCUGGCAAACUGUUUGCAUGAUGGCAACUGCCAGGAGACGGAUAAAUGCUGCUCCUACGGCUGUGCCUUGAACUGCAUGAAGCCCAUCACAGGUGAGACCCAGAGCCAGGUGCUCUGGCUGUGUCUUGGCAGGGGUCCUCCAGGUGCACCUGGCAUGCCAAUGGAGCACAUCUGGAGAUGCUGGGCAUGGUUCAGGGCACCGGGGGCCCACCAGAUGUUUGGGGGCUGCAAGCCCUGUCAGGCCUGGUGGCCAGUUGGAUAA